AUGGAAAUGGAAAUACUCGCACAUAUAAAUGCACUCAGAAUAUAUCUUAGAAUUCUUGAAUAUUAUGAGUUUCAUUGUUAGGGAACCAUUCGUGCAUCAGGCUUAUGUUCUGCUUUAGCAAAUUGCAUUAAUCUCUCGAAUUUGACAUUUUACCUUAUUGAAAAUUAAAUUGGUGAUGAAGGUGCAUCAGGCUUAGGUUCUGCUUUAGCAAAUUGCAUUAAUCUCUCGAAUUUGACACUUGACCUUGGUGGAAAUUAUAUUGGUGAUGAAGGUGCAUCAGGCUUAGGUUCUGCUUUAGCAAAUUGCAUUAAUCUCUCGAAUUUGACCCUUGACCUUAGGUAAAAACAGUUUAUUUGUUUUGGAUUGUGA